AUGCAACCUUCUACAGUUGACCUUCUGUCUUCAGACCUAUUCAAGCAUCGUUAUGAGGAAGGGCCUCGGGAUGCUCAUCUGGGACGCUCGUAUCUGCGAGCCAAGGCCUUUGCUCGAUUCUGGCAAUUGACCCCGGACGAUGUUCUCCGAUUUACACCAAAGUUUCGACACGCACACACUGACGGCAUUAUACUUCGGGAUAUAGCCGCCCAAUCUGCGUUCAGUGUUCACUACAAUCUGGUGGGAGGAACCAUUGCCUCGCUGGCCCCGAACCGCCCGGACCUUCAGCCGUUAUUGAAACAAAUCUUCGACUUUGAUGUUGUUGCUAGUUAUAUGAUGACGGAGGCUGGGCACGGUUGCGAUGCGAGAAAUCUCGAAACAGUUGCCAUAUGGCAGUCUGAUGGUAGCUUCAUUCUUGACACACCAACACCUGCCGCAAGAAAGCUCAUGCCGCCCUCUGCACCUUUUGCAGGGAUACCACGUAUAGCGCUUGUGCUUGCGCGCUUGAUACUCGAAGGAGAGGACCGAGGCACCCGACAGUUCAUCGUUCCGAUUAACGAUGGGCGACAGAUGUAUCGGGGAAUUAAAGCAUGGGGGCUUCCAGCUCCUGGAGCCGGAAGGCUACUAGAUUUCGUCCUUACAUCCUUCGAUCAUGUCCAUCUCCCGUCAACCGCCAUAUUGGGAGACCUUACAAGACCUUCCAACAUGCGUGAUCAGUAUCUCACUGCUGUCGAUCGGCUGAGCACAGGCACACUAGCCGUCAGUCUAUGGACCAUUCCCUUUUUGAAGGGUGCCGCUUUUACCGUGGGCAAGUACAGCCAGCGUCGCACAGUUCAGGAAGGACUUCAUGGCAAAAGAGUCCCGAUCAUCUCUUAUAGAACUCAGCAGCUACCUAUUGCACACGCUUUGGCUGAGGUUGCUGUACUAGCGCCAUUUGCGGAUUGGGUCAUUGAGCAACGUAGAAGCCCUUCCAUAAGUCCUGGACUCAAACAUGCGCUCAGUAUUAUCUUGAAGGUCGUUCUCGUUCAACAUGGAAGCGAAAGCCUCAAGCAGUUGAACGAAAGAAGUGGUUCCAGGGGAAUGUUCCCUACUAACGGUCUUACUUAUGUUCGAGCUAGCGCUUCAGCAGAAGGAGAAAUCUUAGUCCAUUCCAUUCGCUCUGCUACUGAGUUGCUUUUUGGCCGGUUCAGGAUACCCGAUGCCAAGACGCCAGACUCCCUUUUGGGACGACACGAGGCAGGGUUCAUUGCUGAGAUGAAAGAGUCCUUGAAGAGGGCCAAAGGCCAUAGAACUCCUGAAUAUAACAGUCUAGUACUACCCCGUUGUCGUCCCAUGCUUCUGGCUAUAGGCCAACGGAUGGCGUAUGAGGCAGCCGUUGAUGCGGGUGUUGAUCCCAAUUUUCUGGCGCUAUAUGAAGCCGGAGCGGUGAGGAACGACUCAAGUUGGUAUGUGGAGCAGCUGAGGCUCAGUAGGGCAUCUCAAUAUGAUAUGGAGUGCCAAGCGUGCGAUAGUGUAAUGUCGCAGCUAGAUAGGCAUUUGGACGAAUUGGGUAUCGAGCCGUACUGCACCGCCCCAAUGCUGUCGCCGGCUAGAUGGGAGACUUUCAUCAAUACCUGCCCUAUAUAUACGGGAGACGCAGUCCCUAGCCUGGUUUAUGGAGAUAGCCGAGAGCACAGACUUUGA